GUGGUUCCUAAUUUACCUCCUCAUCGACUUUUAUCUUUGGAUGAAACUGGUUUUUCUUUAAAUAUGGCUCCUCGCUUUGGUUAUGCUCCUAUUGGUCAAAGAGUUCAAGCCUAUAAACCAGAAGUAGUUGAAGGAGCAGUUAAUACUGAAAUAUUUUACAACUUCAUCUCUAAUGUUAAACUUCCUACCGAUGAGAAAUAUUACUUAAUAAUGGAUAAUCUUCGUAUUCAUAAAAAUAAAAAGAUUAGGGAAUUGCUGAAACAGAAAAAUAUUGAACCAAUUUAUAUAGUUCCUUAUUUUCCGCAGUUAAAUCCUACUGAAUGGUUCUUUAAUACUGUUAAGCAAUAUGGCAAAAAAUGGAAACCAAGAAGCGAGGAAGAAUUAAUGUCUGUUCUUGCUGAAAAGAUGG